AUGUUGAAUACAUUCUUUACAUUUUACAGAAAUUCUAUCAAUAAGAGACCUGUCCUGACUAAUUCAUUAACUACCGGGUUUCUGUUUGCCACUGGUGAUGUACUAGCACAGAAGUUAUUUCCCAAUUCCCGGAGCAGUGGAACUGAAAUCAGCUCAAAAGCAACUAGGUAUGACUAUAGAAGGACCUUAAAUUCAAUAAUAUAUGGAUCAGUAAUUUUUUCACCAAUUGGUCUAAGGUGGUACCAAUUGUUGAGCAAAAUUAAAACUAAUUACAAGAUUUUAAAUUUCUCUGCUAUUAAGUCAUUCGAAAACAAAUUUAAAAUCAACAUCAAAAAUACAAUCUUACGGGUCGGCGUUGAUCAGUUAUUAUUUGCACCACUCUCAAUUCCAUUCUAUUUCAUCUGCAUGUCAGUUUUGGAGCACCCCACCAAUAAAAUACCAGUCCAUGUGCCAGAGAUUAAAGAAAAAUUAAACAAAUUAUGGUUGAGUACUUUGUUAACAAACUGGAAAAUAUGGCCAUUUUUCCAAUUAAUUAAUUUUUCAAUAAUUCCAUUACAAUUUAGAUUAUUAACUGUGAAUUUUAUGGCAAUAUUUUGGAACACAUAUCUAUCUUACACUAAUAACUAUAGAACACCAAUAGCAAAAAAACCAGUAUAUUACCCACCUUUGAACGAAUAA